AUGGCUAAAAUACAGAUUUGCUUAUUAUUUGUGUUAUUUAUCGCUAUAAAGUGUUAUGGCGUUAAUGUUGAUACAAUUUCUAGUAAUAUAAAAAUUAAAAAUGUGGAUAGAUCUAUCGACCUUUCGUCUCAACUUGUUAAAAUUUCAUCUAAACUGACAUUGGAAAACGCUGGAAAGGUGCCGGUUAAGAAUUUCUUGUUAGCUGUUGAAAGUGCAGCUAAAAGUAAUUUAGCCUUUAUAGCUGCUAAAGAUAGCAACAACAAGGAAGUUCAACUUGUCGAAACUUCUGUCAACGGUUAUGAUCAAGUCAAGUUUUGGCGUGUUGAAUUAAAGGAUACCAUCAAUGCAGGAUCUACAGCAGUAUAUACUAUUGAAUCAGUAUACACUAAGGCGUUGCUGCCAUACCCAACUGCUAUAACCCAGCAAGAAGAUCAACUAGUUAAAUAUAAUGGUAAUUUAUAUUUCUUUUCACCAUAUGAUGUAUUGUCCCAAAAAACAAAUGUUCUUCUCAACACAAAGUCUAUCGAAUCAUUUACGAAGGUUAAACCAUACUCACAGCCAGAUGUUUCCAUUUUAUAUGGACCUUAUCCCAACAUAGCUCCAUUUACUGAGAAAGAAUUGAGCAUUCAUUACAAGAACAAUUCUCCUUUUUUGACUGUAACACGCUUAGAACGUUUGAUUGAAGUGUCUCAUUGGGGUAAUAUAGCUAUUGAAGAGACUAUUGAAGUUGAACAUACAGGUGCCAAAUUGAAGGGACCAUUUUCAAGAUAUGAUUAUCAACAAGAUCAUCAUAGUGGACCAGCUAGUGUACGCAAUUACAAAACACUCCUUCCAGCUUCUGCAUCAGAUGUUUACUACAGAGACAGCAAUGGGAACAUCUCUACUUCUAAUAUGAAAGUUAAAAAGGACUCUGUAGAAUUGGACUUGAGACCAAGAUACCCAUUGUUUGGUGGUUGGAGGUCACAUUACACUCUUGGAUAUAAUGUUCCAAGCUAUGAAUACUUAUUCCACUCUGGUAAUGAAUAUUUACUGAAAAUGAGAGCAAUUGACCACGUAUUUGAUGACAUGCAAAUUGAUGAACUUGUCACUAAGAUUAUCUUGCCCGAGGGAUCAACUAAUAUCAAAGUGAAUUUCCCAUUUGCAGUAACCAGGCUACCUGAUACCCUUCAUUACACAUACUUGGACACUAAGGGUCGCCCAGUCAUAUCUUUUACUAAGAAAAACAUUGUGGAAAACCAUAUACAAGAUUUCCAACUUCGUUAUACAUUCCCCAGACUUUUAAUGUUACAAGAACCUUUAUUAGUUGUUGGUUUCUUAUAUGCAUUAUUUUUAUGUGUCAUUAUUUAUGUAAGAUUAGAUUUCUCUAUUCAUAAGCCUGAACAUCAUAAAGAU